AUGGCAUCGCACGCUUCAGAGGACGAGGGCUACGGCUUCGACCCCUCGGCGCCGUUCAAGGGCGUCAUUGUCUGCUGCACCAACAUCCCGCCUGAUCAACGGACAGACAUUGCCCAAAAGGUGGCCGAGCUCGGCGGCCUGCACAAGUACGAUCUCACUCCCGACGUGACGCAUCUCGUCGUCGGCGACUACGACACGCCCAAGUACCGCCAUGUCGCCCGCGAAAGAGUCGACAUCAAGGCCAUGGACGCCGCCUGGAUCAACGCCGUCAACGAGCUGUGGAAGAAGGACGAGGAAUUCGACUUUGUCGCACUGGAAGACAGCCACCAGCUAAAGGCGCUGGAGACGAGCGGUGUCGAGCCCUCGUCGCAGGAGGAAACAUCGCCAGCCGCGAGGGGAUCGCUGCUCAUCUGCUUGACGGGGUUCGGCGACACCAGGGACAAGAUUGCGGACAUGAUUAUGCAAAACGGCGGUCGCUAUACCGGGGAUCUGACCCGGCGAUGCUCGCACCUGAUUGUCAGCAAGCCAGAAGGCAAGAAGUUUACGGCGGCAAAAUCAUGGGGUGUACACACGGUUACUCUGGAUUGGCUCGAACAGACUGUCGCACGCGGCAUGAUUCUAGAAGAAGCCAAGUUUGAUCCGCUAUUACCUCCGGAAGAGCAAGGCGUUGGCGCCUGGGUCAAGAAGGAUCCAAAGAGGUCAGCCUUGGGGAAGAGGGCAAGGUCGGCGGUGCUAAACGGAGGGCCAGAUGAAGGCGUCAGGAAGUUGCGCAAGACUGCCAGUAUGAAGCUGAGUUCGCAGAGGAACGACCUCUGGGGCGACAUACUCGGAAGAUCUGCGUCAAGGGAGUAUUCGUUUGCCCACGAGAAUCCCCCCGGAGCACCGGCCCCGGGUCCAGCUCCAGCCGCUGCCUCAUCCGAGGCUCCAGUACCAAUCUCUGAAGUUCCCACGCAGCCCGGCUACUCUCUCCAGGAGGACCAGGGCGUCUUUGCCAACUGCAUUUUUGUCGUUCACGGAUUCCCACAGCAGAGAGCAACCAUCCUGGAGCAGACAAUUGCGACCCUCGGCGGCACAAUUGUCUCGUCGUUGCAAUCUCCUGCUAUGCUGUCCCAGCCGACAGACCCCGAACACUACCGAUUCCUCAUAGUCCCCCAAACCUCCCAACCCGACACCCAUCCCAAGGCGCCAAACGAGCACAUUCACAUUAUUACCGAAUUCUACAUCGAAAACUGUCUACAUAACAAGCGAUUCUUCAACCCCAAUGAGCAGGUCCUCGGGCGACCGUUUCCCUUGUUCCCCAUCCCCGCGUUUUCAAGCAUAACCGUGUGCAGCGCCGCGUUUACUGGAAUAGAGCUCAACCAAGUUGCGAGGAGCGUAGCCCAGCUGGGAGGCAAAUACGACGAAUCAUUCCGGCGGUCGACAAACGUGCUGGUAUGCAAAUCUCUGCUGUCCAUGCGGAGAGAAAAGCUAAAGUGCGCGCUCGACUGGGGGGUGCCCGUUGUUUCGGCAGACUGGCUGUGGGAGUGUAUAUCCAGUGGCAGCUUGGUUCCCAUUGAAGACUUUGUUUACUCCGAGAUCAAGAAACGGCGCGUCAAGCGAGACCCCUUUCUCAACGAAGAAGACGACACCGCGCCGGAAAAGCCGCCUCGAAAGGCCCCAGAGGCGAAGCCCGCGGCAAAGCCUCCCAAGCAAAGCGUCGACACCACAGCCUUUGACAAAGAUUUGCCUGGGAAAAGUCGCGCCCAGCAGACGGUCGAGUCUAUCACGUCGGCAGACUUUCUGACGGCACAAACCCAUCCAGUCAACACCGCGUGGACGGCCGACACGCCCCCUCUGACCGAGCUGUCGUCGGCCGCGCUCAACGUGUCGCCAAAGCUGCCGGCAGCCAAAACCCCCCUUGCUCGCAUCAUAUCCGCGCCAGCCAAGCUACCCCAACCCCAAGAACAAUCAGUCUCAGCACCUCCUCGUCCCACUUCAGCCUCUGAGCCCAGAGAGCUAUCCGCACCACGACCAAAGCAACCCCCUGAACCAGCCCCUGAAGCAGCAAAACAAGCAACCCCCGAAGCCCCAACAAAACAAGAGCCAUCCGCCGACCAAGUUGAAAAACAACGACAGCUGGCAGCCGCCGCCGAGCUCCGCCAAGGCCUCACAUCAGCCCUCUCCGACCUCAUACCCCCUUUGACAUCCACCUCCCUCGCCAAUUCCAACUCGGCUCCUCACCAACAGUCGGACCCCCGCGCCCUCCGCCGUCGUCGCCACAAAAUCCUCGGCCGCGCCAUUAGCAACGCUUCCAACGCCAGCAGCGCCGCCAGCAUCGACAGCGCCGCUCUUCCGCCUCGCGCGCUGCAGGACGAAGACGUCGAUGAGGAGAGAUUGCAGAGACAGUCUCCUCCCGCGACGCAGCUCGAAUACCGCGAUCCCGAGGCCAUGGAGACCAAGGCCAUGCUGAUGAGCAGGAUGACCGGCGCCGUGGAAACAGCACCACCAGAGAUUCUCGGCCGCACAAGGUCUUCUAGGAGAAAGUGA